AUGGCGACCUUACCAGACGACGACGCGCCCUCGGCGCCUCCAUCACCAACAAGCACGAGAAGGCCGAGAUUCGACCGGACAGGCUCGCUCGGCGACCCGGACGAGCGGUCGCCUUUGCUCUUGAGCUCAAGAUCCCGCAUCCGCCGCCCUCAGCCAGGUCCAGAUAGUCCAAAAUUUCUCACACCACGCCUGUCGAGGAACCACAGCACCGCAGGUAGCAUCAGGAGCUUGCACCACAGUCGCAACCCGUCUUUCGGCCAACGCUUGUCUCACGCCUUCAACGAUUACCCGGAACCUAUGUCCGAGUCGAAACGAUCGAUCCUAACCGAUGAACGAGUUUGGUAUGACCAGUUUACAUCAACCGACUGGGUCCAUGAUAACAUUAUCGAUGCCCACCGAGUCAAGGCUAUCAAAAUGCGCAAGGAUUUCUGGGGGAGGAUAUACGCCGUUUUCGACGCCUCGCAAGGCUGGAUUCUCAGCGCUGUUUGCGGCUUCGUCGUUGCCCUCGUCGCUUACGUCGUUAAUUUGUCCGAGGCUACGGUUUUCGAUUUCAAAUACGGAUACUGUGCGCGGGGCUGGUACAUUAGUGAGAAGAACUGCUGUCCAAAAGGCACCUGUGACGACUGGCGAACCUGGUCUGAAGUCUUGAGCUUCUGGCCGUUUGGGGAUGUGGGAACUGAGUUCACUAUUUACCUCUUCGGAGGCAUCUUCUUGGCCUGUACGGCCUGCGCGAUGACGUUGACCACCAAGACGGUGGUGCCCUCGGCAUAUCGCAUGACGACCUUCGACGAGAACCUCGCUGCAGAGCUUGCCCCCUACGCCGAUGACCCUCCUAGUGACGAGAGUCCGACGCCUCCUGAGGUUGUCGAGGCGGUUGCAGCAAACAUAGAGGCUUCAACGCCACCCCCGAUGGUCUAUUAUUCCGCUGCCGGAAGUGGUGUCGCCGAAGUUCGUGUCAUUCUUAGCGGCUUCGUCUUGCACGGUUUUCUCGGUGUCAAGACCUUGUGUAUCAAGUCUGCCGCUCUUAUUCUCAGCGUGGCUUCUGGCCUGAGUCUCGGAAAAGAGGGCCCAUACGUCCACAUUGCCACAUGUAUCGGCAACAUCGCUUGCCGCCUGUUCUCGAAAUACGACCAAAACGAUGCGAAGAGACGAGAGGUCCUGUCCGCCGCUGCAGCGGCUGGUGUUGCGGUUGCCUUUGGCGCGCCAAUUUCAGGAGUUCUCUUUGGUCUCGAAGAAGUAUCUUACUUUUUCCCGGCCAAAACGCUUUUCCGCACUUUCUUCUGUUGCAUCGUGGCAGCACUAUCGCUCAAGUUCCUCAACCCCUACGGCACUCACAAAAUUGUGAUGUUCCAAGUUCAGUAUGUGAGCGAUUGGCACUACUUCGAAAUCUUCUUCUUCAUUGUGAUUGGGAUUCUCGGGGGUGCUGCUGGAGCACUCUUUAUCAAGGCCUCCAAGCACUGGGCCAAGUCCUUCCGCCGAAUCUCUUACAUCAAGAAGUACCCUAUGCUGGAAGUCUUCUUGGUCGCUGUUGUGACUUGCCUCAUGAGCUACUGGAAUGUUCAUACGAAGCAGCCCGUCGCCAAGCUCAUGCUCAACCUGGCAUCGCCUUGUCACGACGGCACCGACCGUGAAGAUUACGGUUUGUGUCCUACGACAGCCGACGGCAUCCCGCCUGUCAUCUCAACCCUGUUCUACGCGUUUCUGAUCAAGGGCUUCUUGACGAUCAUCACUUUUGGCAUUAAAGUUCCAGCCGGUAUCUAUGUGCCGUCCAUGGUUGUCGGUGGCUUGAUGGGAAGACUGGUCGGCCAUGUCGUUCAGCUGACUGUUCUGACGUACCCGACCUUCGGGCUCUGGGCUCGAUGCGCCGAAUCACCGACCGGAUCUUGCAUCCAACCAGGCGUCUACGGCCUCAUCGCUGCCGGCUCGACAAUGUGUGGCGUCACUCGACUCUCAGUAACUCUGGCAGUCAUCCUCUUCGAGCUUACAGGCAGUCUGGACUAUGUCUUGCCCUUCUCGCUGGCUAUUCUGGUGGCCAAGUGGACUGCGGACGCCAUAGAGCCUAACAGUAUCUAUGACCUCCUUACGAACAUGAAUUCAUACCCCUUCCUCGACAACAAGCACAAGCCUGUCUUCACCUCCGAUCUGGCUGAUAUCGUUCCUCGAGUGCGUCGAGAGAGAAUCAUCGAUGUUAGCGCGUCACCCGUAGUAUCCGCGACAGCCCUUCGCUCCAAGCUCCGGACCCUCCACAGGGCCGGUGAAAUCGAUGGCGGUCUGCCCAUCAUCCGGGACGGCAUCCUGGUGGGGCUGAUCCCGGCCCCGGACCUUGAGUUCGCAUUGGACAACCUGGACGAUGAAGCCUCAAGCAGGUGUCUGAUGGCACAUAUCCCAACAAUCGAAGACUCUGAUGACGAGGAAAUCGAAAGGGACAAGACUGACUUUACGUCCUUUAUCGACCCGGCACCAAUGGCCUUGGACAUCCGUUCUCCCAUGGACCUUGUCUAUGAAUGUUUUGUGAAGCUUGGUCUUCGUUACAUUUGCGUACUGAAAAAUGGACGCUACGCUGGAAUGGUCCACAAGAAGAGCUUCGUGAAGUACAUGCGGGAGCUCGAAGACCAUGAAUGA